AAUAACAAGUGAACUCCUCUAGGCAUGUGUAUGCUCCAAACGUUUUUUGGCCACAUGGAAGCAUCAAACUGCAAGAUGUCAGAGAGUUUGUGCUUGUAAUUCAUGUGCACAUACUUCUGCAGGGUACAUCAAAACAUGGGACACAUGAGACCAUCGGCAUUCAUAAUUGCAUGACAGAAGUUGCAAAGUUCCAAGGCUUGAAACGAGGUUUGAAUGCCUCCCUGUUUGGAAGAUUUUGCAACGUACAAGAUCAUGUUUUUGUAUAGCAUUUUCCUAACAUCUCUCAAACUAAUUGGUACUAAGAUCUGGUGGAUAGAAAAUGCCUCACCCCAUCUGGUAAUUUAACAUCUGCACAGUUAGGAGGGCUGAAUAAUUUAGCAGGGAAGCCACCUUAUUUUCUUGUUUUUAUGUUUAGUGUCUGAAUAUUAUAGCUUUUCGGUAUCAACUAAUUGGAGAGUUGUGAUAUUUGGACAUUUGACACGAAAGUUAACCAGAAGGCAGAGAUGAAUAGCCUCGUUUAGGAGCUACCUUACUGUAAUUUUCCUUUUGUAAGGAGACUCAAGGUAUUAUAACUCCUGGCCUGCAUGAGCUGAAGUGUUAUAAUACCUGGAGAUUGUAGACAUAGGAAACACUAUAGUAUGACAUCUUCCAAAGGUUACAUAUAUAUCCAUCAACUUCAACCAUUCAAUUGAUUGCAAACCUGAGAGGAUGAGGCAUUUGUGAAAUGCUUGAAAAUUGCUACAAGAAGAUAAUUUCUGGGCCUGAUCAGCAUACUGGAAAAUAAGCUUCUCAGCAUGUUACAGAAGCUGAUGGGUUGUUUCCAUUUCAAUAUAACCAUGUAUGAGUUGGGCUACUAGCAAAUCUGGUAACGUUGGUGAUCCUGUUUAAGCGCUCUGAGGAAUAGGUGAGAAGUCAGGGGAACUAAUAUUCUACUUCAGAAUAUUUCAUGGAUCUUAACCCACACUGUAUCUCAACAUGUCAGUAGGGUUCUCUAAUGACAGUACCCACACUGUUGUCAUUGUAUUUGCUCUCCAGAUUGGCGGAUUAGAACAAACUCUCUGGAGUAAUAUAUGCUGGUUUCUUUGACCUCCACCAAAAAUCAUUUUGCAAUGAAAACUUAUUUUUAUUGAUUUUUUUUCUUAGUUAGCUAUUUUCUCUUCUUUUCUGUCCUUUCUUCUUUGGGCACAGGCGUCUGCCUAUGAAGCUUGGAUUGCUGCUGUAGGAGGCUAGGAGCAAGGUUCUUAAUCAUGGAUGUCGGGUUGGUAGCUUAUUGUCUUCAGUAUAUUAGAUAUAAUCAAUAUAUUUGGAUGAUACGCUCCAGUAUCGUAGUUCAGAAGUUAUUUAUAAUUUCGAGUUAAGCAUAUGCAAGUGUGCCAUGACUUCCAAGUGUCUCACUGAUAAUGAAACAUGCAUACAACAUGCAAUUUGUGAUAUCCUAUUCUCAUGGGGACUAUAAAAUACUCCUAGCAUAUGCAAUCUGUAGUACUAGCAUAUAUCAUCUCCUUAAUCUAAACCGAGAGUACUACGUCAUUCACUGAGAAUGUGCCAUUUUUAAACCACGAGGUCCACCAGACGACCACUGUAAAGAACGUUUGGCCGUCCGGCUGGCUCUUCCAGAAGUUCUAUAUCCUCUGCGGCAGUGAAGCACCAUUCAUUCCAUGCCAUCAUGAAGCAUCUCCAUUCUGUACUCUCUUACACUUGUCUCCUACUAUGCGCCACCGUGCCGGUGAGAGCCGACAUCCGGCGUGAAGCUGAAGCACUUGUGAAUUGCAAGGCUAGCUUGGAUGGUGCUGAUGAGUCCCUUGGGUCAUGGUCGAUGGCCAACUCCACCAGCCUCUGCAGGUGGACACAUAUCACUUGCAACUCAGCUGGACUUAUGACAGAGCUCAACCUUAGCGGCUUAACACAAGUUUGAACGGCACACUUGAGAGGUUAGACUUCUCGGCUUUUCCCCACCUGGAAAAAUUCAUCCUUUUCCAGAAUGGUCUAUGUGGUAACAUACCAGCAGGAAUUGCCAACCUGACGAGCUUGGUCGUGUUGGACAUCAGCUGGAACCCGUGCUUGAGGGACACCAUUCCACACAGCAUUGGCCAGCUGAAGCACCUUUCUGUACUGAAAAUUAUAGGUUUGGGGCUCAAUGGCCCACUACCUGAAUAAUUUGGUAACUUAACAAGCUUGGAAAUCCUCUAUCUCAACACAGUUACUUUGACUGGGCAGAUCCCAUCAACAAUUGGGAUGCUCAUGAAGCUCCACUUGCUGAACCUGGGAAACAAUACUCUGACAGGGAGCAACCCAUUUGAGAUUGGGAACAUGACAGAACUGUGGUCAAUGUACUUAGCAAAAAACUAUUUGGAUGGGCAGCUACCAGGCACCAUCUCUCAUUUGAGAAAACUCGAGAAUUUGUAUCUGUUUGGAAAUCAGCUCAGAGGCCAUACCGUCCCCGAGUUUGGUAAUAGCAGCCUCCUGGAUAUGGUUGACAUGUCAGAUAACAAUUUCUCUGGGCUAUUCCCGCCAUCCAUUUGCGCAGGAAGAGCACUGCAUAUUGUCAGUGCUGAGUACAAUGCAUUUUCGGGAAUUCACCACCAGACCUUCAAAAACUGCACAACCCUGUUGUCUAUUGAUUUCAAGGAAAACAACAUUGUUGCAGACCAAAGGGGUUUCAUGGGCGAGUAUCCAGUGCUCCGGUCUAUGUUUUUCAGUCGAAACCAGUUGUAUGGUACCAUUCUGACAGAUUGAGCCCAACUAUUCGUUUGCAACUAUACUGGGUUGAUACACCUAGACCUGUCAAGCAAUAAGUUAGAUGGAUGUCUCUCCAAGUGUUUCUGGGACAUGUCAAGUUUGGGAUUUAUGGAUCUGUCAAGCAAUUCUUUUAGUGGUGUAGUUCCGAUCUCAAGGACCAGUGAAGAUAAUCUUAGUCUUAACUAUCUACACCUAGCCAAUAACCUUUUGGAAGGAACCUUUCCUCUGGGUCUUAAGAAAUGCAAAAAGCUUAUCACUCUAGAUCUUGGAGGCAAUAUUUUCUCAGGUAUUAUACCUUUUUGGGUAAGCAAGAGCUUGCCAGAACUCAAAUUUCUUUGAUUGUCAUCAAAUGUCUUUGACGGCAUCAUACCCCACCAGAUAUUACAAUCUCAGCAACUCCAAGUACUGGACUUAUCAAAAAAUAAGCUUACCGGACCCAUCCCAGGCGACUUUACAAUUUUUACUGGCAUGUCAUGUGAUCAGGAAGACAUUGGCUUCAUAUACAAUGAGCUGUACAUGUCUCAAGAGCAGAUUCAAAUAGUUUGGAAGAAUGUGGGUUAUGUCUAUGGUUUCAUGAUAGCAGACAUGGCGGGUAUCGACUUAUCUGGCAACUCUCUUUCACAAGAGAUCCCAAAUGGGCUCACAUCCCUUCUUGGACUCAGGUAUCUGAACUUAUCAGCAAAUCAUCUGUCCGGUUGUAUUUCUGAAGACAUUGGCAAUCUGGUACGGCUGGUAUCCUUGGACCUUUCAGGCAACCAGCUCUCAGGGGAAAUUCCACCAAGCUUUGCAGCUUUGAAGGGCAUGAGCGUUCUGAAUCUCUCAACCAACAGUUUAUCGGGGAGGAUACCUACAGGCAGCCAGCUUCAGACGCUCAUCGACCCGUCAAUAUACAGCAAUAAUCCUGGGCUAUGUGGAUUUCCAUUGAAAGACUGCGCAAACUCGUCGACAUCAACACAAAAUGACAUGGGGCGUGCUGAAGAUAGGGAAGCAUUGUGGUUGUAUUGCUUUGUGGCUGCUGGGUUCAUCUUUGGGUUCUGGCUGUAUUGGGGCAUCUUCUUAUUUGGCAGCGAGAUCUGGAGAUGUGUAUUUUAUGAUUUUAUCAGUAUGUGGAUAACAUGCAAGCAAAGGUAACAAAGAAAUUAUACAGCUGCAUUUUGCGCUUCCAGGCCAACGGUUCUGAAUGAUGAAGUGUGUCACGUGGCUCUUUAGUAAUGGUGUGCGCUUACGCACACAAUAUUUAUCAUGUCUGUAAUAUUUCCUUUCCUUGGUUAGUUGGUUGUAACUUGUAAAUGUGUUCACUAGUAUUUGGGUGUGCACGGUGUUAUUUUAACUAUUAUGGCACUGAAACCUACAGGUUACAGAUGAACUGUGCCACAUUUGGUAGUCGAAAAAGAAGAAGUUGUGCGACAUUUUUGAUUGUUUGGUAGCAAAGGCUAUUUGGAGUAAAGUGAAUGAGUUCUCUAGAAUCAGUUAUCAUAAUUUAAAUCUGUAGCUUGUUUUUAGUUAGUAACAGUAGACAUUCUAAUUUGAACUUCUUGUGCAGCCAUUUUGUGGGGUUUCUGGAAAAUGGAGGGGUGAUAUCAUUUUUAACUCUUAACAAGCAGAUCAAUAUCAUGCAGAGGGUCAAAUUUGCUGGUUGUUCAUCAACCUGGUCAAACAAAGCCGCAUGCACUUGAUGCAGCUGUGUGUUGUCAGCAUUCCUGCAUAUGAAGUACUUGCCACAUCCUGCAUAUGAAGCACUUGCCACAUCGGGUAGGUUAUGAGCUCCUGAUUCUGAUUAUUAGUCCGGGAAGCACCGGUGAAGAUGGCAUAUGAAAGGACUGUGAUUGUAAUGACCCCUUGCCUCUGGCGAAUUGCCGUGGCGUGAGAGAAGAUGCACAGAGGAACAAAAGUGAGAUGGAAACUUUUCUUCAGUUAAUUUUCCCCCGUCUCCAAGCAGCGGGUAGAAGCAGAUAAGUACCCGAAUGCACCCACUGCCUGACUGGGCCCACUUACAGACUACCAAAACUCGCAGUGCUUGGCCUAGCACAGGGUCAUCACAUUGAUUUGAUAUGAUGAUGAGUAAACAACCAGGCCUGACGAGAUGAGGCAUCUGCAAAGAUAUUCAAGAAACACCAUGAAUUUGCCUGUCCUGAACAGAAUGCAUAAGCCUCUCAGCAGGUUGCAGAACGCGUUGCAUAUUUAUCUUUCAACAGAUUUAUGUUUGGAUUUGUAACGUCGACAAGGCCUCGUCCGCUUGGAACAAGGUGAAAGGGGUGGUCAAGCGGAAGGGAGCUUAUGAAUUUUGGAUGUAAAAGGAGUCCAGUAAGUUGUGACAUGAAAUCAUUACUUGUUUCUUUGACCUAAAAGAAAAUCCAUUUUGCGAUACUAUUUUUUUAAUAUAUAAUUUCGAGUUAAGCAUUGUGUGUGCCAUGACUUCCAAGUGUCACCCUGAUAACGACACAUGGAUGUCAUGCGACUUGUAAUUUCCUAUUGUCAUGGGGACUAUAAAGUACUAGCAUGUUAGCAUCUCCUUAAUCUAGACUGAGAAUCUGCCAUUUGUAAACCAGACCACCUCUGUUAUGGACGGUUGGCUGGCCGGCCGGCUGGCUCGUCCAGAGGCUUUAAUUUAUAUCCUCUGCGGCAGUGAAGCACCAUUCGUGCCUAGCCAUCAUGAAGCACCUACAUCUUCUAGGCCUUCUCCUACUCUCCUGCCCUUGUCUCCUGCUAUGCGCGGUCACGCCGGUGGUAGCCGGCAUCCGGCGUGAAGCUGAAGCACUUGUCAAGUGGAAGGCUAGCUUGGCCAACGCCGAUGAGUCCCUUGGGCCAUGGUCGUUGGCCAACUCCACCAGCCUUUGCAGGUGGACGCACAUCACUUGCGACUUAGCCGGGCACAUCACAGAGCUCGACCUUGGCGGUGUAAGUCUGAAGGGCACACUUGACGAGUUCGACUUCUCCGCCUUUUCCCACAUGGAGAAACUCAUCUUGUCCUAUAAUGUUCUGUACGGUACAAUUCCAGCAGGGAUUGGGAAUCUGACAAGCUUGGUCGAGUUGGACAUCAGCUGGAACUGGGAUUUGAGGGGCAUUAUUCCACCCAGCAUUGGCCAGCUGAAGCACCUUGUUGUACUGCGAAUGCCUGGUUUUACGUUCAAUGGCGUGCUACCUGAAGAGAUUGGUAACUUGACGAGAUUGGAGGAGCUGAACCUUCAGAAUACAAAUCUGAAUGGCACACUUGACGAGUUCGACUUCUCAGGCUUUCCCCACCUGAGGAAACUCAACUUGAUCCGGAAUGUUCUGUACGGUACAAUUCCAGCAGGGAUUGGAAAUCUGACAAGCUUGGUCGAGUUGGACAUCAGCUGGAACUGGGAUUUGAGGGGCAUUAUUCCACCCAGCAUUGGCCAGCUGAAGCACCUUGCGCUACUUCGAAUGCCUGGUUUUGGGAUCAAUGGCGUGCUACCUGAAGAGAUUGCUAACUUGACGAGCUUGGAGGAGCUCGAUCUAAACUCGGUUAAUUUGACUGGAUCAAUCCCACCAACCAUUGGGAUGCUUGUGAAGCUCCAGAACCUCAACCUGCAAGUCAAUAAUCUGACAGGGAGCAUCCCGCUGGAGAUUGGAAACAUGACGGAGCUGCAGGCCUUAUACCUUGGGGAUAACUAUUUGGAAGGGCAGCUACCAGGUACCAUAUCUCAUUUGACAAAUCUCUGGUGUUUGGAGCUGGCAAGGAACCAGCUCGGAGGCCACAUCUUUCCCGAGCUUGGGAAUAGUAGCCACUUAGAGGUGAUCGAUAUUGCAAACAACAACUUCUCGGGGGUGUUCCCAUCAUCCGUUUGCGGCGGAGGAACACUGACUUUGGCCUGGGCUAGAUACAAUGGAUUUACUAGCAUUCGUCAGCAGACCUUCCAAAACUGCACGACCUUGAUGACCAUUGACUUCACGGCAAACAACAUUGUUGCAGAUAUAAGGGACUAUUUUGGUGACCUUCCACUUCCAGGGAGGCUUAGGGUGAUAGCUUUCAGUCAAAACCAGCUGUAUGGCACGCUUUUGACGGACCAAGGCGAGGUAUUUAUUUGCAACCAUCCUGGUUUAAACCAUGUAGACCUAUCACACAAUUCCUUGCAUGGUGGUCUCUCCAAGUGUUUCUGGGAGAUGCCACGUUUGACAUUCAUAGAUCUGUCCAGCAACUCUUUCAGCGGUGUAGUUCCAUUUUCGAGGACAUGUGAAGAUACUCUUAAGUAUCUACACCUUGCCAAUAACCAUUUCGAAGGAGCCUUUCCUUUGGCUCUUAGGAAAUGCAAAACCCUUACUGGUUUAGAUCUUGGAGGCAAUAAUUUCUCGGGUACAAUACCAUCUUGGAUAAGCAGGAGCUUACCUGGACUCAAAUUUCUUCGUCUGUCAACAAACAUGUUUGAAGGUGUCAUACCCCCACAGAUAUUACACUUUCAGAAACUCUGGCUAUUGGACUUAUCAAGAAACAAGCUCACUGGACCCGUUCCAGAUGAUUUUACGAAUUUUACUGGCAUGGCAUAUGAACAUGGACAGGGGGAACCCGCUAGUGGAUGGUACUACUAUCAAGCACCACAAAUUCAAAUAGUGUGGAAGAAUGUGGAAUAUUUUUACAUUAUGCUGAGAGCAGGCAUGGCCGGAAUCGACUUAUCUGGAAACUCUCUAUCAGAGGAGAUCCCAAAUGGGCUCACAGCCCUUGUUGGACUCAGGUACCUGAACCUUUCAGGAAAUCAUCUGUCAGGUUGUAUUCCUGAAGACAUUGGCAAUCUGGUACUGCUGGAAUCCUUGGACCUUUCUGGGAACCAACUAUGGGGCGAAAUUCCUCCAAGCUUUGCAGAUUUGAAGAGCAUAACCGCUCUGAACCUCUCGAGCAACGGUCUAUCAGGGAGGAUACCUACAGGCGAUCAGCUGCGGACACUCACAGAUCCGUCCAUAUACAGUAAUAAUCCUGGGCUAUGCGGGGCUCCGUUGGAAGACUGCAUAAACUCCUCGACACCGACGCAAACUGAAAAAAGCUUGGAUGAAGAUAGAGAGGCACUGUGGCUAUAUUGCUUUGUGGUUGCUGGUUUCAUGUGUGGGUUUUGGCUGUACUGGGGUAUGUUCAUAUUUCGCAGUGAGACAUGGAGAUGUGCCUUCUAUCAGUAUGUGGACAACAUGCAAGCGAAGGCAACCAAGAAGAUUUACAGCUGCAUGUCACGCUUCCAGGCCAGCGUCUCUGAAUGAUGAAGUGCCUCACUUGUUGUUGAAGUAAUGUUGUAUCGCGUCCUAUAUCAUGCACAUGUGUGUAAUAUUUCCCUUCCUCUGUUAGUCGGACGGUUGGUUGUAAAAGUACUUGCUAGUAAUUGGAUGUUACUCGAGUUUUGUGGCGCUGAAACCUACUGGUUUCGGAUUUGAUUGUUUGGUAGCUAAGGCUAUUUGGUGUCAAGUGAAUGAGUUCUCUGAAAUCAGGUAGUCAUAAUUUUGAAUUUGUGGCUUGUGUUUUGGUUAGUAAAGCUAGGCGUGCUGUUUCGAGCACUUCUUGCGCAGCCAUUUUGUGGAGUUUCUGGAAAUAUAUGAAUAUUAUUGUUUUUAGCUCCCAACACACGGAUCAAUAUUAAGCAGAUGAUCUUUAUGAAUUUGGCUAAAAAAAACUGAAGCGUAAUAAUCAAAUUUGCUGGCUGAUCAUCAAUUUGAAAGGACUCUGAUUGUAGUGCCCCUGUGAUUGGUGGAGCAAAGCAUUAGACUCAUGAGAUAAAACUGAAGACUGCCUAUGCACAUCUGUAGUUGGACAUGGGCAUCGGCUGUUGGAUUCAGCUUCCCUAUUCGGUGAAAAAAAGUUGUUUCAUGUUCUACAGAAUAAGAUUUGGAUAUGAAUGGCCGGUGUGGCCAAAGUCUCUUAUGCCAUGGGUUCGUAAAUAACAUAGUCUGUAGAUCAUUCAAGUGAUUUCCUUUUUUUUACGGUUUACAUAAGAGAAGCGGGUCCCAUUUUAUUAAGUGGACCAAAGCCAUUCGCAUCAUUUCUUCUGCAAAUGCAAAGAGAAAAGGUUGUAACACAACCCACACAUUACAUAACUGAAACAAGGAGAAAAACAGAGGUAGGCUCUCUUUUCAUCUUGAUCAAUGGAAAUCCAAAGACUUAGCAUAUAUCCUUGUCGCAAAGAAGGUUUUAUAUCUGUUCUUGUGAAGAUUCAUGGCAUGUCAUAGACAUAAUCCUUCACAUAGCUGCAUGUUGUGGCGACUUCCAAACUUGGCUCGGAUGUUCACUGUUGUUAUCUGAUUCCCAAAGUUGCUCCUCUAACAGAUACCUCAUCUUUAGACAAAUAAACUCAAGAUAUGAUGCAUUUGGCUCCAGUGCAAAUUCUGAAACAUGCAUAUACCAUUUAUAAGUUUCAAUGUCCAUAACACGGCUGCAUGGGAUAAAUUAAGAACACUGGAUAUAAGGAUCAAAUAUUUCAGAAGAGACUUUUCUCCAAUGGCUAUUGAAAUGGGGCUUAUUAUGUAGAGAUAGAUGGCUUACGCCCGGUGCGGUGAGGCCGACGCCCAUGCCCUCCUCCAUGCGCUGUUCGUCAUGAAAGCAGACGCUGCACGCGCCGCCGUCGACCACGACCAUGGCCUGCCGGUGGUACGGGCACAGCCGCUCCGCCUCCCGGAAAGCCUGCUGCGUGAUGCAGGCCCCGCAGUCCGGCGAGCUCCCGUCGGGGAGCCAGUAGCAGUAGGCGGACGCGAUGACCCUAUCGGGACGUUCGCCGGCGUUGUUGCCGGGGGAGCACUUGCAGGAGGACGCGUUUGCCAACGCCGCAUUUUGGUCUUACUUUUCUUCGGCUUGACCAACAUCCCAGUGCACUGAACAACGAUCACGGCUGACCAGAACCAAGUACCGCGAUGCUGAAAUCUACUCGUUGUCAGAUGAACCGUAUAGCAUUUACGUGCUGAUUGUGUGGAGUAAAGUGAAUGAGUUAGUCAUGAUUCUGCGUCCGUGCCUUGUUUUUCGGUUAGUAACAGUAGAAAUGUUGUUCUGGACUCUUCUUGUGCAGCCAUUUUUGUGGAGUUUCUGGAAUAUAUGGGAAUGAUACAUCGUUUUUAGCUCUCAACACAGGGAUCAGUAUCAAGUAGAGGGCCAUUAAUUAUGAAUUUGGUAAAAGAGACUGAAGCAUAGCAUGCCAAAUUCGCUGGCUGCUCAUCAAUCUUCUGAUCAACCAAAGUGGCAUGGACUUGAUGCAUGCCGUGUGUUGGAGAAGCUCUGGUGAAGUUAGCAUUUGAAAGGACCGUGCUUUUAGUGACCCUGUUGCCUCCAGCGAAUUGCCGUGACGUCAUAG